GGCAUCAGUAACGAAACGACCCAGCCAUCGGCGAGUAGUCUUCGAGGUUGGAUAGAAGCAGCUGCGACAUCAACAAAUCUCUCUCUCUCCGACGGUGCGCGCCCACAGUAUGGACUUCGUAUUCAAGGCCUUCUUUCUCCAGUUCCUCGUACUGGGCCUACUGCUGCAAGUGGUGCGACCGCAGACGGGUGGUACCGAUUGCCGCGGUAAGGACUAUCUGUGUUUGGACGAUGUCCGAUUUCAACUCUGCGUCGAUUAUGGUGACGGUCGACCGGUGACGGUGAACGAUGAGGUACAGCAGUGCCCAACCGGCACCUUCUGCAGCAACGGUGGCCACUACGAGUGUGACUCGUUUGUGCCACCGGCAACGACGGCCGCACCGCAGGUUGCCGAUGUGACCGAGACUGAGGUGCCUGCGGAAGAAGUGACCACGAGCGUACCCGUGGAGGUAGAGGAAGCCACUCUGCCACCGGUUGAGGAACCAGAACCUGAGGUCGCAGUCCCCGAACCAUCGGAAGAACCGGCACAGGAGCCAGUGACGACGACAACGGAAGCCGAAGUACCGGAGGUAACCGAGGCACAGGACAGUUCCGUUGCCCCUGAAACGACGGUCGGCGUCGUAGAAGAGGAGGAGCUCGUUACCGAAGCCACGGCCCCGGCCACGGAACCAGUUGAAGUUGAAGAGGAAACCACAACAACUGGAACCGGACCCGCCGUGACUGAAGAAGUCGAAACCACUGAGGAGGCUGCCACUGAGGAAGUGGUUGCUGCAACGACGGAGCCCAGCCAACCUGAGGUACCGGAAGUUACCGAAGCCGCUCCAGAACCAGAACAGGAGACAGAAGGUGCGCAAGAACAAGAGACGACGGUCGGCGCUGAUGUCGAGGUCACUACUACGGCAGCUCCCGAACAGGAAGAGCAAACGGAAACCGAAUCCUCCGUGGCCACUGAUGCUCCGGUUGAGGAGGGCGAAGCGGGCCCAGAGGAACCGGUUGUAACCGAGGCACCAGCCACAACGGAGAACGUCGAAACUCAGGCUCCUGUCGAACCAUCGACGACCGUAACGGAGGAAACGUCAGAAGUGGUGUCAGAAUCAACGACUGACCUGCCUGAGGUGGAGGUUCCCGUUACAACUGCAGCUCCUGAGGAAGAGGCCGCUUCGAGCACUGUCCCUGAAACGACUCCGGCACCAGUAGUUCCGACCGAGGAGCCCAGCAACAGUGAGUCCGGUGGAUCGGAUGAAGGCGAAUCUUCGCAAGGAUCCGCCCAAGAAUCUACCGAGCAACCAUCGGUCGAGUCCGGUUCGGGAUCGGAUGAAGCUGCAACGACGACGACGACGACGUCACCGGUGGCCCCAUCCGAUGCUCCAUUUGUCUGCACCGCGGCUGGCCGAUUCCCGCAUCCGACCGAUUGCCACAAGUACUACAUCUGCUUCUGGCUACCAUUCGGACUGUACAACCUGGAGCAGAACUGUCUGGCCGGUUUCGCCUACAAUCCAACGCUGGAACGCUGUACGGCGGAUCAGAGCGUUUGCUUCCCGGGACAGUUCACCUGUACCGCACCGGGCCGCUUCCCCGAUCCGGCCGAUCCGACCAAGUACUUCUGGUGCGUCUGGAACGCGUUCGGUGGCUACCUGCAGUACGGUCUCCAGUGUCCGCUCGGCCAAGUGUUCAACCAGUUCCGUGGUCGCUGUGCGUUCAUCGUUGCCGGUCGUUCGCUCGACGCAGAAGAGCCACUGCUGACCGGGGAGGAGGAAUGGACGAAUGGGCCGGAAGAGCAAAACGCAGUAUUGCCACCGGUAGCACCAGUUGAACCCCUGGCACCGCAGGUUGAACCCGUCACACCGAAGCUGAAGGUAAAGUUCGAGUGUCUGGAAGAGGGUACGUUCGCGGAUCCCAACAACUGUGCCCGGUACUUCGUCUGUACGCUCAAGAAGCUGGACAAGUUCAAGAAGAGCAAGUUCAAGUGCAUCACUGGCGAACGGUUCGAUGCACUGGUCGGUGCCUGCGUACCCGACCUGGAUGCCCUUUGCGAAUAGAUCCCAGAGAACGUCUAGCCCACGGUUGCUAACCGGUUUGAAAUGCACCCAAUAAACUAUGUAUGCGUUAUUUAUUACUGAUGCAAUUUAGAAUACCAUGAA